AUUUUUGGGGGGGUGAGUAACUAGUGACAUUUACCCAACACCAUUUGCUUGAGCAACAGUUUUGAAAAAAAAAUCUGCUCUUAUGACCCCUGCGGUGACGUGUUGUUGUGGUCGGAUUUGUUACCUGCAGUACCUCUUCUCCUGCGGUAGCUGGCAGUAGCGAGUUAACGUCUCGGGAGCUACGUCACAACACAGAGAGGCUGCGCAGCAACACUGCGGCAUCUGCAGUGUGUGAAUGCAUUCUGUGAUUUCUUUUCUUUCUAUUUACCUUUAAUAGUCGAGUACUGCCUCAUUUUAUUACGCUGUUACGGUGUUUUCCGCGCCGCUUGACGCUAACGGCUAGAAUUAGCUCCGAGGCUAAGCUAAGUCCUAGCCGCUUCGCUAGCAUGGACGGUGUGGGCGUGUAGCUCUGCGCAGAAACCAGGUGGCGUUUCUGUGGCUUCACGUCGAGUAUUUAAGACACUGUUUUCACUUUUUAUUCUCCUGUGUUCGAUGUAGACAUAAGCGCUUCCGGCUUUUACAUAUAGACGGUGAAAAUGGACAAGCGAGCUUUGAAGAAUCCUUAUCAUGACUACGAUGGGAACCCGGCUUCCACGCAGGCGCUGUUUGACUCUGAGGGGAAGCUCACUCCGGCGUUUGCCCAGAGGCUGAGCAGCACGGUCAGCGAGCUGUUGGCUGACAUGGAGAAUGGACUGAAGUCUGCUGACCCCAGAGACUGCACCACUUACACCGGCUGGGCAGGCAUCGCUUUGCUCUACCUGCACCUCCACAGAGUCUUCCAAGAGGCCUCCUUCCUGCAGAGGGCGCUGGACUAUGUCACCCGCAGCCUGAAGCACCUCACUCGUCGCCAUGACGUCACCUUCCUGUGUGGAGACACGGGACCGCUGGCCGUAGCUGCUGUGGUCUAUUCACGCCUGCAGAGGGCGCAAGAGGCCGAGGACUGCAUCAGCAGGCUGCUGCAGUAUCAGCAGGCGGUUCUGAGCGAGUCCGGUGGGCUGCCAGACGAGCUGCUGUACGGCCGGGUGGGCUUCCUGUUCUCCCUGGUGUUCCUGAACCAGCAGCUGGGUUCGGACCGGGUCCCGCUGCACUGCAUCCAGCAGGUCAGUGAGGCGGUUCUGGCGUCGGGCCAGCAGCUCAGCAGAAAGCUCCGCCUCCAGAACCAGAGCCCGCUGAUGUACGAGUGGUACCAGGAGAAGUACGUGGGUGCUGCCCACGGCCUCGCCGGCAUCUACUACUUCCUCCUCCAGCCGGGCUUCGUCUUGUCAGGGGAGCAGGUCCUGCGGCUGGUGCAGCCCAGUGUGGAGCACGUCUGCCGCCUGCGCUUCCCAUCUGGGAACUACCCGCCCUGCAUCGGGGAUGACCGGGACCAGCUGGUGCACUGGUGCCACGGAGCCCCCGGGGUCGUCUACAUGCUGCUGCAGGCCUACAAAGUGCUGGGGAACCCACGGUACCUGGAGGAGGCGCUGCAGUGCGGGGAAGUGGUGUGGCGCUGGGGGCUGCUGAAGAAAGGCUACGGCCUCUGCCACGGCGCCGCCGGCAACGCCUACACCUUCCUGAGCCUCUACCGGCUGACGCAGGACCCCAAACACCUCUACAGGGCCUGCAUGUUUGCAGAUUGGUGCAUGAACUACGGUCGCCAUGGCUGCCGGACACCAGACACCCCCUUCUCUCUGUUCGAAGGCAUGGCGGGCACCAUCUACUUCCUGGCUGACCUUCUCCAGCCAAUGACGGCCAGGUUUCCAGCUUUUGAGGUCUAAACCCCGCGAUCCCCACUCCUGUGCAGAAACAAGGCCUGCUGUCGUAUGCACGCAGAGACGCAUCAUCUUUAGUCCCGCAGCACAAUGUGGCGCAACGCAGACCUUUCUCGUUUGUUUUCAGUACCCAGAAUGCAAAGAGGGGGAAAAAAUAGUUUCCAAGUGUUCUAAAGUCUUGAUUAAAAAAAAUAAUAAUAAGUUGUGUAUUUUUGUUUUGCCAAAUUUUAAUAACACUUUAAAGGCUGUACUUAAAAAGUUUCCUGAAGUUUCAGUGUCAGCGAGGAGAGUCCAGCAGGUGGCAGCAGAGAGUUAUUAGGGGAACUAGUUAAAGUUAACACCUGGUCCCAGCAUUAGGGGUUUAUUUCACAGCCAGAUCAGUUUAAUAAACCAGAAAACAAACACAGGAAUGUGUCGGGUUUAAUAGUAAAGCUCAUAAGGGAAAAAUCAAAUAUGAUCCAAACAACCUGGGAGAUUUUGAAUCCGCUUCGAUUGGAUAUUUGUUUCAAAACGUUCUCCAGAAACCUGUCUGUUUUGUGGUUCCGCCGUGCAGCAGAGCUGCAGUUGCUGCAGAGCUGCAGUUGCUGCAGCAGUGGCUGUAGAAACCCAACACGUCCUGCAGGACAGCAGGUAAAAAUAGAGCUCAUCUGUGGCCCCCAGAACGCGCCUGCUGCUCCUACCAAUGUCCUCCAACGCUCGUCUUCCUGCUGGACCCCCACCGCUCCGUUACAGUGUCAGGAAAUAUUUGUAAAUAUGAACUGAGAUGAAAUGUGUCUGAUUCCAUGUGGUGGAAUAAAGUUUGCAUUAAUUCCAGUAUAA